AUGUUGCAUAGCAGAAAUCAAUUUCUCUCUCAAGGCUGGAGGAAAAAAAAUGGAUUUAACACAUCACUUGAUGGUCCUGAUAUAAUGGGCCAUAAGACACUUCAAGGCUUUGCCACAUUUUUCAAUAGUGAAGAAGUCACUAUAAAGGACAUUGGAAACAAAACAGAGAAAGGACCUUUUAAGAGGUUAGUUGAUCGAAGCUCUUACGUGUUCACCAUGGCGCUCCCACUCGACCUGGACUUGCUGGAUGUGGUGGAAUAUACGUUGCCGCUGUCGCAAGAGGACUUGUGUCUGGUGGUGCGCAAGGCGGAGCGCGUGCCCUUCACGUUGGUGCUGGUGCUGCCCUACCAGCUGCACACGUGGGUGUGCGUGGGGCUGACGCUGUUGCUGGCGACGCUUCUGUGGCCUCUG